UGAUACGUGAGUCGUCUACCUCCUUUCCAAAGAUCUUUCCUUUAUCAGGUUUUGACGUUUUGUGCGUUCAAAAUCGGGUCCGUUGGGGUAAAAAAUCAAAUCAUCAUCCACAAGUUUUUAGGGGAUUGCAAGAAACCAUUUAUCCAAAUCUUCUCUCCCCUUAAAUCUUUACAAAUAAGCCGUCAUCCCAUUAGUUAAACCUCAAAAAAGAUCGGCAUUUUCAUUUCCUUUAUCUGGCUUCUUGAAUCUUGAUAAUCACCCAAUAUUGUUUUCAACUUUGGGAAUCAACAAUCGGUUGAAUACCCAGGCGGGUGUGGUCUUCAUUUGAAAAGAAAACAAGCAAACGCGUCGAAGUCCAGAAUCCUGCCUGGGGUUUUCUUUUGCACACCUUCUGCUCGAUCAUUUGCCCGUGUGAAGUUUUUUGUUAUAAUUCAUCGCAACAAAGUUUCGGUAUUCUUUGCUUGACAAAAUUAGCAACGAGAUUAGGGUUCUUCAGAGAAAAGAUGACGAUUGACUUGGUACCAGGGAGUUCAGGGUUAAUCGACGCCGGUGGUGACAAGAAAAUCACAUAUUUUAGCAACAAAUACGUGCUGGGCUUGACUGUAAUUGCCGGCAUUGGUGGUCUCCUUUUCGGUUACGACACAGGAGUCAUAUCAGGAGCCCUUCUAUACAUCCGUGAUGAUUUUGAAGCAGUCGAUCAAAGCAGUGUCUUACAGGAGACAAUUGUUAGCAUGGCUUUACUUGGUGCCAUAAUCGGAGCUGCAACUGGUGGGUGGAUAAAUGACACACAUGGGCGAAAAAGUGCUACACUUAUUGCUGACGUCAUCUUUGCAGUUGGAUCUUUUGUGAUGGCUAGUGCCCCUGAUCCAUAUGUGCUUAUAUUUGGUCGAUUAUUGGUUGGAAUUGGUGUUGGAAUUGCUUCUGUUACAGCUCCAAUGUAUAUUGCUGAAGCUGCACCUUCAGAAAUAAGAGGAGGGCUUGUGAGCACCAAUGUGCUUAUGAUCACUGGUGGACAAUUUCUUUCAUAUCUUGUUAAUCUUGGCUUCACACAGGUUCGUGGGACAUGGCGAUGGAUGCUUGGAAUUGCUGCCAUUCCUGCCAUCCUUCAGUUUUCUUUGAUGUUGCUUUUACCCGAAUCACCUCGUUGGCUAUACAAAAACAGAAGUAGUUCAGAGGCAAUUGCCAUGUUGUCAAAGAUUUAUGAUCCUGAUCGAUUACAAGAUGAACUCCAACAGCUUUCUGCUGCCUUAGAUGAAGAACGCCGAAACAGGAAUUCUGUGAGAUAUCGUGAUGUGUUUAAAAUCAAAGAAAUCAGACUUGCGUUUGUGGCUGGAGCUGGUUUACAGGCAUUUCAACAAUUCACCGGAAUCAACACUGUGAUGUACUACGGUCCAACCAUAGUCCAAAUGGCUGGAUUCGGAUCAAACCAAUUAGCCCUCCAACUCUCUCUCAUAGUUGCAUUAAUGAAUGCCGCCGGAACAAUCGUCGGAAUCUACCUCAUCGACCACGUCGGCCGCCGGAAACUCGCGCUCAGCAGCCUAAUAGGGGUAAUUCUGUCAUUAAUCCUUCUCGCGGUUGCGUUCUUCCUUGAAUCAUCCGGACACGCCAACAUGGGAUGGGUUGCGGUUCUUGGAUUAGUGCUUUAUAUUUCCGCUUUUGCCCCUGGGAUGGGGCCGGUUCCGUGGACAGUGAAUUCCGAGAUAUAUUCGGAAUCAUAUCGCGGGAUUUGUGGCGGAAUGUCGGCUACGGUGAAUUGGGUGUCGAAUUUGAUUGUUGCUCAGAGCUUUCUUUCGAUUGCGGAUGCGGUUGGAAUUGGGAUGACUUUUUUGAUUUUGGCAGGAAUUGCGGUGGUGGCGGUGGGUUUUGUGGUGGUGUUUGUGCCGGAGACUAAAGGGUUGACUUUUGAGGAGGUGGAGAAGUUGUGGAGGGAAAGGGCUUGGGGAUGUGGUAAUAAUGGUAAUGGAACAGAAUCCCUACUUGAAGAUGAUGAGGCAUAGUUUUUGUUGAUGUGUUAAAAGAAUAUAUAUAUAUAUAUAUAUCAUAGCGAUGGUUAUUGGUUAAUAGGAAUGAUGAUGAGUCUAAACUUUAGGGU